AUGGUCUACAAAUACUACCCCAUCACCGGAAUAAGGGCCGGAAAGGGCCCUAACGGCGAACUUCCUCUGCGACAGGAUAUUGACGUAUGGAGUUCGAAGCCGGAGAACCGAGUGCAAGUCGUCCUGUUUCUCAAAGCCCUGAAACGGCUACAGGAUGUUCCUCCUGAGAACCGCGAUUCGUUCUUCCAGAUUGCUGGAAUUCACGGCAUGCCCUUCACGUCCUGGGAUGAGCCCUUCGAAACAGAAGCGAAUGUCGCGCAGAAGGGAUACUGUACGCAUGCGAACUACCUCUUUCCCUCCUGGCACCGGCCAUAUCUGCUUCUCUACGAGCAACAAAUCUACGAGAUCAUGAUAAACGAAAUUAUCCCCCAGUACCCCGAAAAGCACCGGCCUACCCUGCGGGCUGCAGCAGACACAUGGCGUCUACCUUACUGGGACUGGGCCGUUAACCCUAAAAUCCCUUGGCUGGCGGAAGACCCCGAACUCCAGGUCUCACUUUUCGGAGAGCUAGAGACAUUGCAGAAUCCGCUAUACCAGUUCCGUAUGCCGGACGGCAAGGCCAUGGAGCAUCACGGUGUGGGAGAUGUGCAAGCUAUGGGAGAGGAUAUUAUCUACUCCUAUGGCAAAUGCAAAGCAACGAGUCGGUGCCCAAAGGACGAGCAGAACAAGCCUGAUAGCGAGGCUUGGAUCAAAGGUGUUGUGAAUAACGAUGAAGUGAUCAAGUACAUGACGAUGCAUAGCUCUGUUGAUGGGAAGGACUAUGGCGCUGCGGCGGAGCUUGUCUAUCGUCUCCUUACAUACCCGCUUGAGUACGAGCAGUUUUCAACCACUGCCAUCUUCACGAGUGAGCCGAAGGUUUCGGCGGAUGUGAAUAUUGAGUUUAUCCAUAACAAUAUCCACUGGUGGGCUGGUGGUGAGGGAGGACAUAUGUCGCAGAUCCCGGUUGCGACAUUUGACCCGAUUUUUUGGUUGCAUCAUUGCAAUAUCGAUCGGCUGUUCGCCAUCUGGCAGGAUCUCAACCCGGACAAGUUCUUUACGGAGGGCUCCCGGGGAGACUUCUUCCAGGAGGUGAUUGGGUUGCCAGACACCAUUUCGCCGGAGACGCCCUUAAGGCCUUUUCACAAAGAUGAAGAAGGGAACUACUGGACUUCCAGAGAAGUGCGCGACUUCAGGGCGCUAGGUUAUACCUAUCCCGACCUGCAUCCCGUGACACCUGGGUCUGGAGGGAUUCCGUUCGAUGCUGCCGCAUAUAAAACUAAGCUCUUCCAGACUGUUACCUUGAAAUAUGGAAUAUCGCGUCUUGAAGCUUUAACGCAGCUGGAGCUGUCCAAGAACGGUGUUGGAAAGCCUCUUCCUGAGGGAAUGCGCGAGGUCGAUGGAGGCAUCGCCGGGAAUGACUUUGCUAUCAGUAUUCGGUUCUCAAAGUUCGCCUUUGGUGGCCGUCCGUUCAACAUUGAGAUCUACCUUGAGCCCGCAGAGGGGGGGCGUCAUUUCACAGCCGAUGAAUAUGUCACCAAUAUCUACAACUUCAGUACUCCGAGCACUGUUAAUGGACAAGAGGUCUGCAGUAACUGUACCGACCUCCAAGCUAGGGACGUCCGUCUAACUGCGUACGUUCCCAUCACCCCGAUCCUGAAUAGAUUGAUCCUGGAGGGACGAUUAUCGUCGCUCAAGAAGGACGAUGUUGAGGCUAUACUAAAGCGGCUCUACUGGCGGGUUACCAUGGCUGGUCGACCAGUUCCUGAAGAACAAUGGACGGCGCUGAAUCUGCAGGUUCUUGUCUCCAUGGCUGAGAUGUCGCACAGCAAAGAUCCCGCCAAUCCAUCCAAGACAGAGACUGAGCCUGAGGUACUGCCGGAUGUCGGCCAGCCAGAGCCUCCACGGCCAGUCGAGCCUCAACCAGAGCCAGAGCCAGAGCCAGAGCCAGAGCCAGAGCCAGAGCCAGAGCCAGAGCCAGAGCCAGAGCCAGAGCCAGAGCCAGAGCCAGAGCCUGAACCGGAAGCUGAACCUGAGCCGGAACCCUCUAAAGAACCAGGCACUCCACCGCAACCAGAAACUGCUAUUUGCAGCCCCGGUUUAUCCCUCGAACAAACAUACAAGCUCGGCAAAGAAGCUUCUACCGGUCAAUCAAUCACCGUCACAACAUCCGCUUUCAACCUGAGCAUUCCCUCCCGGCGAGACAUGAAUCGAAUUAUCUUCAUGCAUUUCGACGAAAGCCAGGGCGAGCUGGAUACGGACAACUUCGACGCCUUGCUGAGCAUUAACAUCAUUCGGCGUCUGUCUUCUAUUCAAAUCCAGACCAAGGCAGCCGGGGAGAGUUGGGAGAACAAAGAAAUGAUUCCGUUCCCUGCCUGGCUGUUGGUCUUACUGAGUGGCCUGCAGAUCCGGGUGGAUGUGAGGAACUCGAUGCUGGAAAUUUAUAUCAACGGCUUCCAUCUGUAUUCGCUUGCCAGACAGUUUGGAAACAAGGGGGUCACGCAUGUCAGGUAUGAAGCGAGAUCCGCGGAGGAUCAGCCGGCAUUUGGGGCAGUGCUGGGAGUGCAUAGUACCUAG